UCCUCUGCUCUCCAGGCCUGCCUGGAAGGCUGCAGGGAGGGUCUGGGUUUCUCUUGCUGCCCACACCUGGGCAGGAGCCCAGCCAAGCAGAGAAGGGUCCCCAGGGAGACUCCUUCCCGACCAGCCCCAUCCCAGCCCGACACCAUGUGACUCCCAGGAGCUGGCUGACACAGAGCAGGAGACACCCACAGGCUCUGGGCGGCAGGAGCCCACAGCCAGCCAGGACAGCCCUGAGACCCAGUGUCCAAGCAGGCAAGGAUUCGGAACGGGAGCCAGGAGAGAGCAGAGCGGACGUCCCUGGCCUCCCGGCCUCCACCCAUUCCACCCUUCCCUGGAGAUGGAGUGGAAGGAAGGUGGCCAGCACGUAGCUGCCCCCGACCGCAGCCAGGAGGACCAGGCCUUCAACCUGGUCAUUCUGGCCCUCACGGAGCUGCUCAGCCUGGGCGGGCUGCUGGGCAACGGGGUGGUCCUCUGGCUGCUCAGCCGCAACGUCUACAGGAGCCCCUUCUCCAUCUACCUCCUGGACGUGGCCUGUGCCGACCUCGUCUUCCUCGGCUGCCACAUGGUGGCCGUCGUCCCCGACCUGCUGCCCCGCCAGCUGACCUUCCCGGGCUUCGUCCAGACCAGUCUGGCCACACUGAGGUUCUUCUGCUACAUCGUGGGCCUGAGCCUCUUGGCGGCCAUCAGCAUAGAGCAGUGCCUGGCCACCCUCUUCCCCGCCUGGUACCUGUGCCGCCGCCCGCGCCACCUGACCACCUGCGUGUGCGCGCUGGCCUGGGCGCUCUGCCUGCUGCUGGACCUGCUGCUCAGUGGGGCCUGCACCGAGUUCUUUGGGGAGCCCAGCGGCCACCUGUGCAGGACGCUGUGGCUGGUGGUGGCGGCCCUGCUGGGCGCCCUGUGCUGUGCCAUGUGCCUGGCCAGCCUGCUCCUGCUGCUGCGGGUGGAGCGUGGCCCGCAGCGGCCCCAGCCCCGGGGCUUCCCCGCCCUGGUCCUGCUGGCCGUCCUCCUCUUCCUCUUCUGCGGCCUGCCCUUCGGCAUCUACUGGCUGUCGCGGAACCUGCACUGGCACAUCCCCCACUACUUCUACCACUUCAGCUUCCUCAUGGCCGCCGUGCACAGCUCCACCAAGCCCGCCGCCUACUUCUGCCUGGGUAGCAGCCAGGGCCGCAGGCUGCGCGAGCCUCUCCGCCUGGUGCUCCAGAGGGCCCUGGGGGAUGAGGCCGAGCUGGCGGCCGGGAGGGAGGCUUCUCAAAGGGGCCUUGUGGACAUGACGGCCUAGGCCCUCGUCCCAACCUCAGCUCUGGCCUGGAAGCCAGGGAGCUGCCCACCAAGGGGACCUCCAAAGGAGGUCUCUGCUGAUGACCUGCCUGUGAGGACCACCAGUGUCACCCUCACUCCCCGUGUGAGGCUCACUGGGGAGGCUGCUGGAGGGUCUCUGGGGAGGCAGCCUGGGAACUUGCACUUUGAGGACACCCCCCCAGGGCCGUUGUCCUGCCCAGGAACUCAUGAGAGCCCCUGGGUUACACCCACGUUCCCCAGUGACAGCAAGAGGCAGGCAAGGAAGGGAACAGGCCAGUCCCCAGGUGGGGGCAGGCCAGCCGUCUCCCGCCAGCUCAUCCUGCCUCCCCCGUCAGCCUCCCCACAGCCGAGGGCACACCCCGGAUAUGUGGGGAUGGGACAGUGUGGCCCGCCUCAGCUCCCCAAGGCCCUCCCUCCAGUGUGUCUACAGUGUCCUGAGAUUGGAAGCUGGCUCAGGCAUGGGGAAUGAGGCACUCAGGGGACCCUGGGUGGCUGGGCCACAGAAGAAAAUGUCCGCCAGACCCCCACACCCUGGCCAGUGAGCGGAGGCUGCCCCCUCCCCCUGUGCCAGGAGCAGAGCUGGCCCCUGGUGCAGGGUGCUCGGGCCAGCAGCCCACUGAACCCCAGGGGAAGUUGGCUCGGACUACCCCCAGUGUCCACCUGGGUUCCUGCUGUGCUCUCCGGGCGUCGUCUGACCCAGCACCGCCCAGAGCUUGAAGCCCAUCCAGGCAAAGCCCCAGCAGCUUCUGCGUCAUCGGCUCAUGUCCCCUCAGGAGCUUCAGCUGAAAAUUUGUGACGUCCCGAGUGCCAGUGACCUCCCCAUGAGGCUGCACGUGGGUGGAGAGCUUUGAGGCCUACCCUGCACAGCUGUGGCAGAGGAAGGCAGACAGGGGCUCAGAGGGGCUUCCAAGCCUGGGGUUGUCGGUGACCACUGGCCCCUCAUGUAUGACUGGGUCCUGGACCACGCAGACCUCUCCCCAAGCUUCAGGAAGGCUGUUUUGCAAAAGCUUCUUCUGCAUCGUGAAAAGUGCCCUGAGUGGGCAGGAGGCCCUGGCAGUCCUGCCCACACCUGGAGCAGCCCCACAGGAAAGUCUGGACUUCAGCUCUUGGGCAGCCCCCCACCUACACCUCCUGGGCGGGCAUGUCCCACUCAGGAGGGUCACUCUGAGGACACAGCCUGGGCUCUGCCCCUCAGCAGGCUACAGAGCUCCCAGGUACUGGGCCUGGGGCUCAGAGAUGACCCAGAGCUGAUCCCCGAGUGUCUCAUUUCCCGGUGCCCGAGCCAGCUUCCAACCCCAGGGGUCAAGGGCAGGGGCUUUGGAGCCCUCCAGCCUGGGCCGAGCCAGUUCCCACCACCCCGUCUCCAUGGGUGGGUUGCUCAGCCUCCCCCCGCCCCUCUGGGUCAUCUUUAAAGCACUAGAGCCAAGCGAGUCCACCGUGUGAGAGGCUGUGAAGUGUGUCUGGAGCCUCACGAGCCCACGGAACUUCACCACGUCACUGACCCUCCGGGCCCAAGUCCACCGCACGUCUUGACCUGGGUGUCCGAGAGAUCUUUACAGCUGUCAGGACCUCCUUCUGACCUGGAGUGGCUGGGCCGUGGCCAGCGUGAUGUUCAGGCUUGGCCAAGAGCUUGUCUUCUGAGGUGGGGUGAGAGUCUCAGACCCCUACCCAGCGUCCUGGGACCCCUACCCAGCGUCCUGAGACCCCUACCCAGCGUCCUGGGACCCCUACCCAGCGUCCUGGGAUCCCUACCCAGCGUCCUGGGACCCCUACCCAGCAUCCUGGGACCCCUACCCAGCGUCCUGGGACCCCUACCCAGCGUCCUGGGAUCCCUACCCAGCAUCCUGGGACCCCCACCCAGCAUCCUGGGACCCCUACCCAGCGUCCUGGGACCCCACCCAGCGUCCUGGGACCCCUACCCAGCGUCCUGGGACCCCUACCCAGCGUCCUGAGACCCCUACCCAGCGUCCUGGGACCCCUACCCAGCGUCCUGAGACUCCUACCCAGCGUCCUGGGACCCCUAGCCAGCGUCCUGGGAUCCCUACCCAGCAUCCUGGGACCCCUACCCAGCGUCCUGGGAUCCCUACCCAGCGUCCUGAGACCCCUACCCAGCAUCCUGGGGCCAGGCCUCCCACCUUCACCCCAGGGCCUUCACCCAGGCUCCUGUGCACCCUGGUAGGUGUGGGCCCAGGGGUCCUCCUGAGGUAGCUUGGGGCCAGUGUGGCCCUCCGUGGCCCGGUUCAGUCUCUGUGGGGGAGAUGAGAGCAGGAAAGGAGGCCCCUGUCCACAAAUCCAUGGAGGAAGACCUACGGGGGGGGGGCGCCACCAGCCCACGGGUGCCCUAUGCCUGGACGUUAGCCCAGAACCCUGCAGUGGUGGGGAGGGCACUUACACGUGAGAACACUGAGGCUCGGGGAUCUGAGACCACCCCAGGCCACCAGACAUGUCUCCCUGGAUCCCUCCACACACCCUGCUGGUUCAGGACUGGCUCAGGAGCCCUGAACACACCCUGGACCCCAUCCCCUUUUCCCCAUAUAGGGGAGAGAUAGGUCAUGGACCCUCGGGACAUGCCCUCCUGCCUGAGAGCCCCUGCCCGAGAGCCCACCCUUGGUCCAGGGGAGUUAGGUGCAGCUCUCAGUCCUCCUAGCUGACUCAGGGAGCACAGGUGUGGCAGCAGGUAUGCACCCUCAGCCAGACUGUCUGCCCAGCCCCAUGCUCUGGGGAGAGAGCCAGGGGUACUGGGGCAGGUGAUGGUCCUCCUAGCCUUCAUGGGAGCUUCCAGGGCCCACGGGCAAGGCAGCUUCCAUCAGGCCACCUGGCCACCUGGCCACACCUCUCACCUCACCUGGCUGCUCCUCCCCUUCUGCCCCAGAGCCACGAGGGCCCACCAUGCACCCCAGCCCUCACCCUGCAUGACCCUGAGGUCCACUCCCCAAGGUGGCCCCUCCCCAAGGCUCAGACAAAGCCAGACCAGGAGGAGGCUCAGGGUCCUAGGAGGACAUGGCCUGAGGGCCAGGCCAGCGUCCACCAGGACCCACCCACUGUGCCUAGGGCAGGACAGACUUCCCGGGAACAGGGUGUCUGCAGGGGCGGCCAACAUCCCAGGGAGCCCCUGUCACCACAGCCCCUCCCCAGGCCUGCAGGGAGCGCUGACGGGCUCCAGGCCCAGGACUCGGGGCAGGGCCCAGGAAGACGCCCCCUGCCCACCUCCCCCCUGCGCUCAGUUGCAAGCUUGAGGUGGUCCUGGCGCUGGGUCCUGGGUAGCUGGGAGGACCCGCUCACUCCUCCCUGUGCCCAGUCAGCAGCUGAGCCACCGGGAGAAGCCUCAGCCUGUGGGGCCGUGGGCGAGGGCCAGCUCUGUGACCUGCCUUGAGCUGCUCCUCCUCUCAGCCCAGGUGUGGGGGUCUCUGACCCGGGCCCCUCCACCUGCCCCGGAGCGACCCGCUCCAGAGGCUGCGCUUGCCCCCAGGGCCUUCCCACGCGCCCGUCCUGCCUCCUGCCACCCCAGGCGUGGUCACUGAAGGGCACAGCUCGGCUGCUUUAAUCAGAGUGUUUUUCUUUUAAGCAAGUGGCUUCCGCAGGUGGCAGAAGCCAUAACGCUCUGCCUGUGAUCUGCUGUGGGUAAUGGGUCACACACGUGACCUGGGCGAUGUCACAGGACCUCAUAGAAACCCGGGGGAAACUGAGGCUUCCAGAGACCAAGAAGGCUGACCCCAAGCUGCAGCCUACGGGGCCAGGGGGCAGCCCCUCCUUCCCUGCCAGGCAAGACCCCACCCAGGAAAGGGUCAGGAGGUAGAGAGUCAUGGCCUCAGGCCCACGCUCUCCUUAACAGCACACCUUGGCCCCUGUGUUCCCAGUCUGUUCUGUGUGCCUGCUGCCUGAGCAUCUAGGGCCUCACUGACCCUCAGGCAGCUAAUUCCUAGGGAUGGUAAAGCACUACUCCGCCAUUCAGUGCAGAGCCCACGCCCACCCUGGGUUCCCCUAAACUGUGACCACCCCUCCAGGGUGGUGCUGGACAACCAGGCAGCCCCUGGGCUCCAGGGUCCUGAAAUCCCUCACACUGGCCAAUCCUAGGCCUGCUUGCUGUCCUUGUCCACUGUCGUGAGUGAGCUAUGUCAUUAAAAUAGACCAAACACGUCUGUAUCUUUCUGCAAUGUCGGCAUUCACUGAGCAACAAUAAAUUCACAGGCUGCCCACUUUCCUUUGUGGCAAUUCACUGAAUACCCCUAGGUUACCUGGUAGUCAUGAGCACGACAAUCACAGAUUCUUUUAUUCCACUCUUAAUUUCUAAUAUCCAAAGACAACAGUCACACACACGUCACAGAGUGAUACAUAAGAAGUAGGUCAUGGGCUGGGGAUGUGGCUCAAGUGGUAGUGCGCUUGCCUGGCAUGCAUGCGGCGCUGGGUUCGAUCCUCAGCAUCACAUACAAAUAAAAGGAUGUUGUGCCGCUGAAAACUAAAAAACAAUAAAAUAUUUAAAAAUUCUCUCUCUCUCUCUCUCU